AUGGUGGAAGUUUUGAAAUCUACAUUUAAUGAGCAAUAUCCAACAAUUGUUGAAGAUGUCAAACAUUGUGAUUUCAUUGCACUUGACACAGAAUUUACUGGCUUAAAGAUUAAUGAGCAGCUGAAGUCAAAAUUGUUUGAUGAUGGGGCUGAAAGGUACCAAAACUUGAGGAAAACUAUAACACAAAUUACCAUUUGUCAGUUAGGAUUAUCUAUAUUUUCCAAAGUUAGUGAUGAAAACAGGUAUGAAGCAAAAACCUACAAUUUUUACCUGUAUCCACCAACAUUCGGACCUGUAGAUGAGAGAUUUGUGUGUCAGUUUAUAUAUGAGGGAGUUUCAUACAUGAAUGGCAAGCAGGAAGAAGACAUUAGGGACCAUAUGGCUAGCAAAGCCAUGUUUGCUGGCUUAGAAAGAAAUUUAGAUGAGAAGAAUAUAGAACAGAUAUGUUCAAAAGUUGCUAAAUGGUUUGUUGAUGAAGAAGAUAUCAAAGUGAUGGUUUUAGAAAAACAAG